AUGAUGUCCUUUAGUGCUACUGGUGAGAAAGCCCCACUAGGAGAGCUUCUUGCCACUCAGGACUCCUCGGCCCAGGCGGGAAAGGCAGAGAGGCAGGAGAGCACAGAUGGAGCGUGCAGCGCCCAGGAGUUCAGAUGGAAGGAGGUGGCUGCAUUUGAGAGCAAGCGCCACUCCUCACUAGAGAGGGUGUUGGAAGUGGCAGCAGAGAGAGCAGAGGAACCGCAGCUUCAGAGAGACCUGGUGAAGGAAGAGGUUCCUCUGGCAGUGCCAAAGGAUUGCCGGUGGCAGCGGCCAGCCCACAGGGGUCUGGAGAAGCUGCUGCAGGAGUUCUCUCGCCAAGGGCACACACUGUCAGUGUGCAGAGAGAAGGCGGCGCAGGCACAAGAGAACGCUGCCCUGGAAGCCCGAGUGACAGCCAUGGAGCGGGACCUACGAGGUCUCUCCCAGCAGCUGGUAGAGGCCAGGACUCCUCGGCCCAGGCGGGAAAGGCAGAGAGGCAGGAGAGCACAGAUGGAGCGUGCAGCGCCCAGGAGUUCAGAGGAUGUGAAGGACCUUCGUCGUGAGCUGCAAGUUGUAAGAUCUCUCAGCCAGCAGCAAUGUGAAGAAAUGGCUCAACAGCUCCACUGGGCACGAGAGCAGUGCAGCAAGGCUCUCAGAUGCUGGCAAUCUGCUCAGGAAGAGGAAAAAAGGAAGCUGCAGCAAAAAUUGAAGAGACGUCUGGAACGACAGCGCUUGGAGGCGCAGGCCAUGCUGGAGGAACGGGACAGAUUCCUGGCAGAGCUCCAGGGUCAGAAGGCUGCUGCCUUAGACAAGGUGCGCCAGCUGCAAAGGGAGCUAAAGCAAAGCCGGCAGCAGCUGGAGCAGCUGAGGCAGCAGCUGAAUGAGGAGCGGGUGAACGGGCAGAAUAUCAAGGAGAAGUUGGAGGCAGAGCUGUGGGAAGCUUGGAGGAAGAUGAAGGCAGUGGAGGAGAGGCACAAAGAAGAAAUGGAAAGGAUGCACAAGAUGCAGCUGCAGUACAGGCGGGCAGAAGAAAAGCAGGUGGACGAGGGCUCUGCCGUGGAAGCCGUCGCUGCAGCAGCAUCCUGCAAAGAAGCCUCCUCUCCACAGCCUGAGAACCCGAGCACGAGCAGCUCGCCCCGCCCCAUCCGGGAGAGCGAGAAGCCGUGCCUGAAGCUGCUGAGUACGUCCUGUGGAUUUCUUGUGCGAUCGAGCAGUGUAUUAUAG